ACUUUAUUUUGAAGUGCGGUUCAAGCAGAAGCGGAAGACGAUCGCAGAUGGUUGAGUUCACGGAUCACUGACUUUCAGAUGUUAAUAAGAGAAUUAUAGCAGCGAGAGGUAGUUUUAGUUAAACACGUUUAUAUUAUUAUUAUUAUUAUUAUUAUUUUCAUCGUUAUGUGCAGUUGGAAGUGAGGGACAGUUGAAACACAUGAAGCAACUUGUGUGUGCAUCCCGAAUCACAUGACUUGUGUCCAGCGCGUGCACUGACGAUAUCUCUCUGAUGAUGUGUUGUAGAGUCACUGCAAGGGAAAUAAAGAGGAAAGAACGCAAACGUCAUCGGAAGAGCGACAUCCUAAAAUGCUAUCUGUUUUCAAUCAGCUGGAAAAAGAAUUGGUUGCACUCUAUCUGAGAGAUUUCCCUCUCACCCAGAGACGCAUGCAGAGAGUGUGUCUUAUCAUCAGGACAUUUGAAGAAGAUUUCAGACGUGCCACUGGAGCCAUUACACACGCAUCACAUGCAGAAGUAGCUGGAGGAUUGAUGAUGGGUUUGGGGUUAGUUUUAGCUCCAGUUCAUCAGGGCAUUUCUGCUCUCAUCGCAGGAGCAGGAGCAGCUGUGGUGUCAGCCGCUGUAAUCGGUGAGAAAACCUGCAACAAGAAGAUCAUGAGCCUGCAGGCAAACUUAAUACAAGACACUGAAGCUGAACUGAGGGCAUUUCAGCAUAAAAUCACCCCUAUGAUGGACAAGAUGAAUGAGAUCAGUCAGCACGUUUCUGAAAUAUUGAGAGACCUCAGUUACCCAGGCCGUGAUGUUGGGUAUUUAAGUCAGUAUUUUUCAUCUGCCAGUGAAGUAGUGCGUUUCAUUCAGAUCUAUGACAUUAGUGUGUUGGCUGCACAGAUAAAGUCUCAGACAUCAUGUUUGUUAGGAGCUCAGUUCAUCAGAGUUCUGCCAGAGAGAAUGGUACUCCAGCAGAUGUGGAUAGAAAUGGUUCAGUUAGACAAUGUGAUGGAUGAAGUGACUAAAACAAUAGAAAGAAUAGCAAAUCAGCCCAACUAAAUAUAACAAAACUUGACUUGCUCUGACUAUUCCUGGGAUAUAGACGGUAUAGAAUUUAAUGUCUAAUUUUUGGUAUGCAUUUACAUGUAAACUACAAACACUGCUCUUGCUCUGCGUUGUCGAAUAAAAAAAAUGUUUUAUGUU